AUGUGCAACUACAUUUAUAAGGAGCUGAGCUGCCAGCAUCACUACCACCUGGUAGAGUCAUGGUGCCCCAAGUACAUUGAGACUCAGCUGCGAUGCCCACCCAAGAUUGUGAGCAAGCAGUACUGGGGUGAUGAUAUCUGUGCUGCAUGCCGAGAACGACAACAGCCCUCCCAGCACCCCUGGGCCAAGAUGAUCAAGCGUCCCGCCUCACCACGAGUCCCCUCAUUCACCCAGGAUGUUUACGCCCGAUGA